ACGGAAAGCUUUUUCAAUGCAAGGGUAAAAAAUUAAACAGUUAUAGUGCUACUGACAUUCAAAUGGAGAAAUUAAAAGAGCACGCCAGUACUCCGGUAGGUAAAAAGCUUCAUGAAUGUAACUUCUGUAGGAAAACUUUCCACUCAGGUUCCAUACGUAGACACAUAAGGACACAUACAGGUGAAAAACCUUAUAAAUGUGAUUUGUGUUGGAAAGAAUUCAUACAAAAAGGAGCAUUGAACGCACACAAGAGAACACAUACAGGUGUAAAGCCUUAUAAGUGUGAUGUAUGUGGGAAGGCAUUCUACAGCUUGUGUCACUUACAGACACAUAUGAAGAUACACACAGGUGAAAUCCCAUAUAAAUGUAAUGCAUGUUCGAAGACAUUCACACGCUUACAUCACUUACAGGAUCAUAUGAGAAUACAUACAGAUGAUAAACCUUAUAAAUGUGAUGUGUGUGGGAAGGCAUUCAAACGGUCAAGUGACUUACAGAAACACAUAAGGAUACAUACAGGUGACACACCAUAUAAAUGUGAUGUAUGUGGGAAGGCUUUUAACCAGUCACAACACAUAAAGCAUCACAUGAGGACGCAUACAGGUGAUAAACCUUAUAAAUGUGAUGUGUGUGGGAAGGAAUUCAUCUAUUCAAGCUCCGUAAAGAUACACAUGAGGAUACAUACAGGCGAUAAACCUUAUGAAUGUGAAGUGUGUGGGAAAGCGUUCAGCCAGACACAACACGUACAGUCACACUUGAGAACACAUACAGGUGAUAAACCUUAUAAAUGUGAAGUAUGUGGAAAGAACUUCGGUUACUCACAAAACUUGAAGACACACAUGAGAACUCAUACUAAACUGUACAAAUGCAAUGUGUGUGGGCAGACAUUAAAAAAAUUAAAGAACUUACGGAGACACAGAAAUAUACAUACAUCUGAUGUGUGAUGAGUUUUAGAAGGCGUUCUACAAUUUUAGGAAUUUGAUAAAGACAAAUGUAAGUUGAUAAAUCAUAUAAAUAAUGCGAUUUGUAAGAGGAGGUAUUCAGCAGAUCUGUCACUUUUUAAUACGUAUGAAAACACAUACAAGUGAUAGAUGGAGAAUGUGAUGUGCAUAGGAAGGCUUUCAGGUGGCCAGAUAUCUUAGAAGGAGACGUGAGGAUUUAUACAUGUGAUCAGCUUUAAUUGUAAUGUUUGCAAAAGGGCAUUCAAUCGCUCUGAAAGCUUAAAGAGUGAUACUAGUAUGGUGACGUAUACAAGUAAACAAAAACAUCAUUGUGAUGUGUGUGGAAAAUUCUUUCCAUUUAGUAAUCUAAGGAAACACAUACAGACAUAUAUCAGUGAAACCUUACAAAUGUGACGUUUGUGGAAAAAGAUUGAAAGGAUAUUUAAAAGAUCAUAUGAUGAGGAUGCAUCAAGUUUAAAAUCUUUAUUAUAGCCCCAGCAAAUGAAGUUUGCAUUGUUCUGCAGAUUGUUCCUUUUUCCUUUCUAAAUCGAGAAAGAAAUCUGUAAAAGAACAAGAUUUAUUGAUAUUUUUAAUAGAAAUUAAUUAGUAACAUGCAUAAAGAGGCUUUUAAAAAAUAAAUUUAA